UACCAUUUUCUUGAGCAUAACGUGUGGUCUUUUUAUUAAACCGAUCUUACAUGGUGUAAAAUAAUUUUAAAGAAAGUUAAAAAGAAUUGGGUAAAACAAAAAAAAAAAGUAAAGAAAUGCCGAAUAGCACAAACGACGCAGGUGUAGAGACUGGUGGAGUCUCAGGUAUCAAACCUGCAAAAAAUCUAACCUUAACGAGUGACAUGCACACCACGUGGAAGCAAUGGAUUCAGCAAUUCGAUUGGUAUGCAACAGCUAUCCAACUGAAUAAGAAAUCAGACGAAAUUCAAGCAGCAACGUUAAUGGCAAGCUAGGAUCGGAGGUGUUAAAUAUAUACAACAGUUUCAGUUUGUCCGAACAGGAGUCAAAAAACAUUGGCGUAAUAAAAGAAAAAUUUGCAAACUAUUUUAACCCCAAAUUGAACGUGUCAUUUGAAAGAUUCAACUUUUUCAAAGCGGUACAAAACGGGAGUGAGCUAUUCGACGAUUUUUUGACCAGAAUGAAAACACUGGCGACAAUUAAGCGGACAAGAAGUUUCAGUGCAAGAGGUGCGGUACAACACAUAAGCCUAGAUCGUACCCGGCAUACAGAAAAACGUGCAGAAAAUGCCAGAAAAAAAAUCACUUCGCGUCACAGUGCUCAACAAGAAUAGAUGCAAGGAAAAACAAAAAGGUAGAUGCGCUUAAUAACAAUUCCGAAAUGGAUGAAACAUUAUAUGUGUGAACACUGACUACUAACAUUGAAGAAGACUGGGUUGAAUCAGUGAACGUUGGUUCAACAAAAUUCGAUAUCAAAUUAGACACUGGGGCACAGUGAAACGUGUUGCCGGAAAGCAUAGUAAAAAAAGUGAAAGGAAAAAUAGAAUCUUCGAAUACCAAACAAUUACCAGCAAAGUCUCGUUAUUUUACACUGCUCGACCUAAGAAGAGGGUUUUGGCAAAUAAAAGUGUCGAAAAGAAGACAAGGCUAUUUGACAUUUGGAACCCCAUGGGGAAGGUAUUCUUGUUUGCGCCUCCCCUUUGGCGUAGUAUCAGCACCAGAAGUUUUUCAAGAAAUAAUGACGGAGUUAUUAAAAAAUUUUGAAAAUGCAGAAGUUGCCAUGGAUGACAUCCUCAUCCACGCUGAAAAUCGAGAAAAAUUAAAAAAUACUACAAAACAGGACAUAAAUACUCUUCUUCAAGCCGGAUUGAAACUAAAUAAAGAAAAAUGCAUAUUUGAAGCAACUCGACUGAAAUUCCUUGGGCACAUAGUCUCAGCUGAUGGCAUGGAAGCCAAUCCAGAUCGAAUUGAAGCGAUAAAACUUCUCAAAAAUCCAACCAAUAAAGUUCAAAGAUUACUUGGUAUGGUAACGUACUUGAACAAGUUUAUUCCCAAUAUGUCGCAGCUUACAGAGCCAUUGAGAGAUUUAUUAAAAAAGGAAUCUGAAUUCAUAUGGGAAUUCAAGCAGGAACAAGCGUUCACAAAAAUUAAGAAGUUACUAACACAAGCUCCUGUACUAAAACUGAUGUCAAUGCACCAGUACUUAUUUCGACAGAUGCAAGUUCAAAAAGUGUGGGAGCCGUUCUAAUGCAAGACGGGCACCCAGUGGCAUAUGCCACAAAAGCAUUGACAAAAUCAGAGCAAAACUACCCGCAAAUAGAAAGAGAAGCCCUCGCAAUAAAAUUUGCUUGUCAAAAGUUUCACGAAUACAUUUGUGACAAAGAUCUAACCAUUGAAUCAGAUCACAAACCUUUGGAGACUAUUUUUUAAAAAAGUAUUGACGUAGCUCCAGCUCGAUUGCGCAGAAUAAUUUUCGACGUUAUACAAUACAACCCUAAAGUGGUUUAUAAAAAAGGUCAGGAAAUACCCAUAGCUGACACCCUUAGUCGUGAUUGUAAUCACGACCCCACCGAAACUCUCGAAAAUGAAACGUUAGAAGUGAUGAUCGUCGUGUCAAUGUCUAAGAAAGCCACAGUAGAGCUUACGGAAGCAACAGCCGAGGAUGAAGAACUGCAGCUUUUAAUUAAAUACAUCUUACAAGGCUUCCCUGACGAAAGUGGUAAGCUUCCAGCGGGAGUUAGACACUACUAUAACUUUAGGGAGGAACUAGCUUACCACAACGGCAUCGUAUUUAAAAGCGAUAAAAUUAUAGUACCGCAGAAAUUAAUUUCAAAAAUGCUGAAAGCAAUACACACAGGACAUUUUGGUAUACAAAGUUGUCUCAAAAGAGCAAGACAAGGACUUUAUUGGAAAGGUCAGUACAGUGAUAUUCUAGAAAUGGUUAAAAGCUGUCCGGUCUGUGAAAAAACACAAAGAGCUAAAGAUAAGGAAGAGGUUUUAAUAAGAGAAAUACCCACCCUUCCGUGGCAAAUAGUAGCAUCAGACAUAUUGUAUUUCAAAAAUGAUCCGUAUCUAGUAAUUACAGACAGUUAUUCAAACUACACUGACUUGAAAAAACUUACAAAUCAAACUUCACAAGAAAUAAUAGAGCACCUCAAAAAUUGGUUCUAUGUCCACGGAGUUCCAGAAAUAUUUGAAAACGAUAACGACACAUCAUACGAAAGCAAAGAAUUUGAAGAUUUUGCAACAACCUGGUGUUUUAGUCAUCGCACGUCCAGUCCGCUACAUUCAGGCAACGGAUUAGCAGAACGAGCAGUUCAGUUGGUAAAAAAUAUAUUGCGAAAGUGUAGCCUCGACAAUACAGACUAUCGGCUAGCACUACUCAACUGGAAUAAUACUCCUAGAGAUCCAAUCUUAGGUUCCCCAAACCAAAAACUAUGCAGUAGAAUCACGCGUUCACAAGUUCCAACCUCAAAUCAAAAUCUUCAGCCUAAGACAAUAGAGGGUGUUGCGAAUAGAUUAAAGAUUUUAAGAGAAGAACAAACGUCAUAUGCUAAUAGAAGCACAGUGAAAGCUGAAAACAUAAGCACAUACGAAUGAAAACGGCACACAGAGAUUGAUCAACUGGUAAAAUAGUAAAAAAUCACGAAAAUAAUCCAAGAUCGGUUUUAGUUCAAUUGGAUGACGGCCGCAUAUUCAGGAGGAAUACAUCUUGGGUACGCAAAACAGAUGCUAAACUGCCUAUCCCAGAAAAAGUAAUAGUACCUCACACAACUACGGAAAUGUGCCAAGCCUCACCAACUAAUCGCGAAGCAACAUUCGACCAGCCUCAAGCAACACCAUCUUCUCAGCAAAGGCCAAGAAUCGACUUGGAAACUACAGGAAAAGCUAUCAAUCCGACAGUAACUCUGCCUGUAAAAGCAGCUCAGCCUCCUUUGCAACUCUCCACAAGAUCAGGGAGAAUCGUGAAGCCACCAUUGAGAUUGAACUUGUAAUCGUAAAUAUUACUUAAUAUUAAACCUAGAACUGAAUAGUAAAAUACUGAACUCAAUACUGAAUUUACAAAGAUGAAUUAACUGUAAAACUCAAAUUUAGUUUUCGCCAAUGCAAUCAAAAAUGUUCAUUGUCUCUAUUAUUAAUUUAAUUUAAUUAAUUAAAUUACUGAUUACAUACAUAAAUUAAACACUUAGAUUUUUUAUAAAAAAAGAGGGAUGUAACGUAAAGUCCACUCAUGUGAUGUAUGAGUACGCAGAAAUCAAUAGUAUAGUGUAUGGUGACACUAAUGUAAUUAUCGAUAAUAACUCACAACCACUGAAGUAAAACAGAAUAUAGACAAUAUACCAUUUUCUUGAGCAUAACGUGUGGUCUUUUUAUUAAACCGAUCUUACAUUAGUGCACAGAUUUAGUAAAUUAAAUUUUUGUAAUAAAGCGUGAACUGUUGUCUACAAGUGUGUGUAAAAGUUUUUUGAUUCGAUUCACGCGUUUGGGCACAGCAACCCAAAUCGUUGUACAAAUUCAUAAGCAGUACCCAAAGGAAUGAACUAAUCGCUUUCAACAAAGUUGGUCGCCAGCCAACAUUUAGCAAUUCCACUUUUUUUCCGUGCAACCCUGCGUGAGUUGAACGCAAAAGUUGAACGGAAAAUCGCCGCGUGCGAUCACCUUUUAAGUUUGGCAUACCUGUAGCGCCAGCUGUUUGCCAGAUACUUCUGUAUGUGCAUGUAUGUGUGGAAGAAGUGGACCAAACAUAAGUAAAUCGUACAUCUAUGUUAGCAGAGUGUAUAUGUAUGUGGAGAAAUUUCGGAGUGCUCGGUAAAACGAAAGUUAAGGGAGUGUGGGUGUGUGAUUGUUCCAAACAGCGGUUUUUCUUUUUAGUUUUCUUUAUACAUAUGUAAGAACAUAAGUACAUAACACGGAUCGAGUCAGUUAGCCUGGCAUAAAGGUAUAAAAAGAC